AUGGGCAGAUCCAAGAAAGACAAACAUCGUCGUAGUCGGUCCUCUUCUUCCGAUGGCCAUGCCGUAAAUAAGAGGGCACUGCUAAAACGCAUCAAGUGCCUCGAAGAGGCCAUAAGCGCUAGAUCAGCACGAUCGCGCUCGCACAGUCGCCCGUCUAGCAGUAGACGCAGACCUCGCAGUCGCUCAUCUAGCAGUCGACGUCGCUCCCGUAGUCGCUCAGCGAGUAGACCUCACUCUCGUCUCCGCUCGGAGAUACGUUCUUACAGACACGCGCAGGUGUCUCCUACACAUAGUGAGCAAUCUGCACUAGUCCGCCCGGUGCUGACCGAGGCGCCACUUAGCAGAAGUCCCUCUCCACAGCUCCCGGGCUCUGGCCCGGGGGUGGGCCAGGUAGGCAACACCUCAAUCAACGAGGAGCCUUUGGUUAUCCAUAAUGACAUCACCUUACCAGAUGAAGUGAUGGGCAUUCUUGGCGAAGAUCCAUCCAAAGACCCUAGCGAUAGGUUCUCUUUACAUGAAGCGCUCGCUGCGAGAUGGCGUCACUUCCUGACGCACGAUAUGGUGAAGGAGGAUCGUUUGACGCUUCUGGGGAAAUAUCCUGUCCCUGACAAUCUUCCGGAGUUAGCAGCUCCAAAACUUAACCCAGAAUUACUCACCUUGAUUCCUCGACCUCAGAUGUCACGAGAGGCAGCACAAGCCGAAUACCAACAACAGUUGGGCCGCGGGCUGUCUGCACUAGGCCAAGGUAUGAACGUUCUGUUUGAGAACGUGGAAAAUCUCCCUGAAGCCGUUAAACAACCGUUGUUGAUUGCCCUAACUGACGCUGGUCGGAUUUUUACCCACCUGUUUCACCGUACAUCUAUGACGAGACGUACCUUACUUUGUCCGUUACUGAACACAAAAGUGGUCGAGCUUCUAAAAGAGUGCCCCCCUUCUGAGCUGCUUUUUGGCUCAGACCUGGGGGAAAAAAUUAAGCUGGCCAGAGGUUUGGACGCCGUGCGCAAGGACCUGCGCCCUGCACCCCCUUUCAGAGGUACCUCGAAGGUGAACCCAGACAACAGGAAAGGAGAGCGACAGCAGCAAUUACUGCCUACAUCUAGGCCGUUAAACAGGCAAAGCCCGGCCCGUCCCAAGAGGGGGACUGGUCCACAAAAAGGGCGAUCCUCGAACCGACACCACCAGUCACAUUCAACCUCCAAGAAGCUGUCGAAUUACAAGCGCCACUAA